AUGAGCUACAAUCUCUGGCGCUGCCUGUUCGAAGAUGAUGUCGACGCGUUUCGACACUACCUGGCUAACGCCACCGUCUCCUCCACGGCACCGAGAACCACGAGCACCGGACAAGGAUUCGGGCUGAAGAGCAGCAGUCCAGGCAACCUGGCCGCCUCUCCGAAGACAUCAUUGAAAUAUCGAAAGAGUUCAGGGCACACCCCAACGAACGCCACCCCGGGCAAAAAUGCUGGCGCAGUGCUCACGAGAGCCGACCUGAACACAAAGGACAGCUUUGGGAGAACCAUUCUGCACCACGCUGCGUCAUUGCGGUCGGAAGAUGCUCUGCAGUUCGUCAAGGUUCUGUUGGAAAUGCCCUUUCUGGACCUAUCCAUACAGGACUUGGAGAGCGGAUGGACGCCACUGCACAGAGCGUUAUACUUUGGCAAUAUUUCCACUGCACACGCGCUCAUGGCUCGAGACCUCCAAGACGCCACUGACUACACGACGACUGCUCAGCACUCGCAGGCUGGAGGGUUGGUCAAGAUCAAGGACCAUGAAGGCAAUAGUCCCUUCGAGGUUUUCGGCUUGACCAUUGCACCUCGUUCCCUCCAGCACGAUUCAUCCACGCUCCCACCUGUGCGCGAUGAUGACAGCACCAAUGGCAUUGAUGAUAAUGGGGACCAGCAAAAUGAGGACCGUUCAAGGCCCCAUGUCCAUCCUUCAGUCGAUCUACUAGGCGACGAAGUCUAUGCAUUUGGGAGCAACAAGAAUCUGUCUCUGGGUACGGGCGACGGAGACGACAGGCACUAUCCCGAACGCCUUCACUUUGAGAGACCUGAGCAUCUACUCCGCCGCCUUCUCCAUGACCAUCUAGCUGAAAGACAGAAAGGCUGGGUACACGAAGAUCUCACGCAUAGCACCGGCGCUCUUCAUUCUCAUAAGACCUUGCCAGCUAUAAUUCGAUGUCGGCCCGUCACCAUUCAGAAUGUCGUCAUGUCAAAGCUUCACACGGCUGUUUUGACCAACGAUCCAGUUUCCAACUUGUAUAUUUGUGGAUAUGGUCCGGGUGGUCGUCUUGGGACUGGCGACGAGAACACCAGCUUCAUAUAUCGUAGUAUUCAGGCCGGCGGUCUAGCCAAGCGACGCAUCUCGGCAAUCGCACUUGGGCAGGAUCAUUCCAUAGCGGUUUGCUCUCAGGGUGAAGUCUUCACGUGGGGUAGUAACCGCUACGGUCAAUUGGGAUAUGCCCUUCCAGAAGCACCAAAGGACGAGGUACCAACUCAGCUGGUUCCCCGACAGCUCUUCGGCUACAUCAAAAAGGAAGUCAUUUUAGGGGCCGCAGCAUCGGCUCUGCAUUCAGCUAUUUACACACCUUCGGCCUUGUACACAUUUGGCAAAAACGAAGGCCAAUUGGGCCUGAUGGACGCCGACGCUCGCUCAUUAGAGGUGCAGGUGCUCCCACGCCGGGUUGGAGUUUCUAUUUUGCAGUCGCCCAUCCAGUCGGUAAGCGCGAUUGACCGUGCAACGAUCGCCCUGCUCGAGAACCAUGACGUGAUCGUCUUCACGCAUUACGGCUGGACGAAGGUGUUGUUUCCCUUGGAGACCUUCUCGAAUUAUUACAUGUCGGACAAUCUUUCAAUGAGGUACAAUGUGGAAACAAACUACAUCAAGCAGGUUACCGGCGGAGGCAACACAAUCUGCACGAUGUCAUCUUUUGGCGAAGUCUACACUAUCGAAGUCCCCAGGGUCUCGGAAACAGUGCCCUCCAAUGCGUCUACAACCAAUCCCACCAAGGCACGUAAUGCUUUACCUGUCCCUUCGCGCCUCUGGUCUCUCGGCAAAGCUCAUAUGGCAGCAACAGAUGUCGCCGUGGGUCAGGACAGUUCGAUCAUCAUUUGUACGGCCUCCGGCUCUGCCUGGCGAAAGGAAAAGCGUGCGAAUGUCAAGUCUGUCCGCGACACGAAGAAAGGAUCGGGUCGGCCGAAGGAUUACAAGUUCGUCCGGAUCCCGAAUCUGACGGGGGUUGUCGCUGUUCGAAGCAAUGCUUUUGGUGCCUUUAUGGCAGUGCGCAAAGAUGCCACUGUGACCCGCGAGCAGAUCUUGCCCGACUCACCAAGCCUGUGGAAUGAUGUGUUUCAUCUUUUGCCCUUCCGGGAAUAUGGACGCACGGAGACUACACCCUCAUCAGGCAAUGAUCCAGCCCAGAUAGCUCGUGUUGUGAUCAGUAACGCAUCAGCCGAGUCCGAUUUUCUUGCCAUAGCUCAACGGCACGAACCGCUAUCCCGGAGCCAGUACGAUCUCUGGAUUGCUUCAACAGUCACAGACGUCCGCAUUCCGAUCCACUCGUUCAUCCUCAAGGGCAGGAGUAGUGUGAUGCGGAGCGCCUUGACUGAAUUUCAAGAAACAUAUUACUUUGCCAUUCCUGACGUGCUCUCCAUCGAAUACGGACAAGACGGCCAGAUACAAGUUACGUUCAAGCGCGCGGACUUCCUGACUCUCGCCACCUUCGUCUUCUACUUAUACACGGACAACUUGAUCGACGUGUGGCAUUACACUUCCCAGGCAUUGCACCUCGCACCUCGGUACAGGUCCGUCCGGCUUGAGCUCAUGAAAAUCGCAACUCACCUCGAAAUGAGAGGUCUUGAACGCGCAGUAAGAGUCAUGGUUGAUCCUGUCCGUGGGCUUGCGAACGAUAUGGAGCUUGCAGUCUUAGACCCCGACUUCUUCUCCGACGCCGAUGUGCUUAUCGAACUCGCCGAUGACGCCGAACUACCUGCGCACAGUGUGCUACUGUGUAGUCGCUGUCCGUUCUUCGAUGGUCUCUUCAACGGACGAACUGGCGGAAUGUGGAUGGCAUCGCGGCGCAAUGAAGCUGAAGCAGAGUCUGAGGCCGUACGCGUCGACCUCAAACAUAUUGAUGAGAAGACCUUCGUCAUGGUCUUACGCCAUUUGUACGCCGACACAGGAGAAGAGCUCUUUGAUGACAUUGUCACUAGUACCCUCGACGAGUUCCUGGACAUUGUCAUCGAGGUGAUGUCAGUUGCGAACGAGCUUAUGCUAGACCGACUAGCACAAAUAUGCCAGCAGACUCUGGGCCGAUAUGUCAGUGUCAGAAAUAUCUGCUCUUUGGUUAACACAGUUGCAGAGUCGACAGUCCAGAGCUUCAAGAAAGCUGCGCUCGAAUACAUAUGCCUAAAUCUUGAGAGCAUGAUGGAGCUGAGGUUACUCGAUGACCUGGACCCAGACCUGCUUUUGGAGCUCGACACUGUUGUGCAAGAUAAUCAACUGGCCUUUUUGCCGUUUGCUCGCAGCGAGCGCGCUGAAGCUGAUCUUUUAGAGAGUCAUCCUGACCUUAUCAGUCAGAUCGAGACAGCUCGACAGAGAAGAGUAGAUUCCAUGCGGUUGCGCUCGCGGUUGGUGGAAGACGAAGAACGUUACGCGUCUUCUGUGAAGGUGCGAUAUGGGAGUCUGGAUCGCCACGCAUCUUCACCGCACAAUAAAAGUGCCCUACGAACUCCAGCGGACGCAUCUCCACUCAGCACUCCGAGUCAUAGUCCCGCGAUUAUGGCGAAUGAUACAGCAGAUGAUCUUCCGUUCGACAUGGACGCGGACAUCCCUGAGCUUCUCCCAGCUGCUGCCCGUGAAGACAUGAAUUCCCCUGCUGUUAGGGUUGGCUCGUCGUCAGAAAACACCAGGCCGACAAGGCCGUCAGUGCCGACCCGGCGGUCGGAGCCUGGGUCACCUCCCAGAGGUACAAUACGCGUAGGAGGGGCGGGCUCGUCGGACUUGGAGACUCACGGUGUGGCCGAUCCGAUCAGCGCUGUAACUCCCACCAAUGGGUUUAACAGUCGGGGAGCACCAUGGCAGAUCCCCCUGCACGGCUCGAGAAAAGACGGGCUCAAAGACAUCAUGGAGCAAGCGUCAGCUGGCCGGGUGUCUCAAUUGACUCAGGCAAUGCGAUCAACCUCAACGACUCCCAAAACUGGCGCUAAAGUCUCUCAGAAAGAGCGCAAACGACAGCAGCAACAAAUCAAGGAGCAGACGGUCAAAAUCUCAGAGACCGUCCGGGCAACGCCCGCCGCAGAUGCCCCUUCUUCACCAUGGCAGACUAUUGCAAAAUCGCUCAAGACAGAGUCCUCACCGAUUACGGGUGCGCGGAGAGAAUCAGGCAAACAAGCUCAGGCGAAGCUGCCAAUAUCCCUGCUCCAGCCAUCGGUUGGAGCAUCAUCUCCAGGCCCUGUAGCCAAAGAACAGGCUGGUGAUGGCCCACCCCCUGGCCUUACUCCUCCCUCGUCGAAGCCUGCGUCUCCUCAGAUUCAGUCGAUUCGCCAUACGCCGGUGCGCACAAGAGGGCCACUGGUGGAUGCACGGACGUCGAUGGCUGAGAUCCUCUCUCAGCAGCAAAUCGAGAAGACGGCUGUUAGAGAGGCUGUGGCGAAGCGAUCCCUUCAGGAAAUUCAGCAAGAGCAGGAGUUCCAGGCAUGGUGGGAUAAUGAGAGCAAGCGAGUGCAGGAGGAAGAGGCGCAGGCCACCGCAACUGCUGGUCGUCGCGGUAAAGGAGGUCGCGGACGUGGUGGACUUCGUCGCGAGAAGGUCACGGUCAACAGAAAGUCCUCCUAUAGCACAGGGGUUCACGUCUGGCGGAGAGACCGACCCUGGGCUCGCUGGGAUGUCGCGAGGCGGUGCUAA